AGGUCCCUUUCUUGCUCUGGUUGUGCAUUACUUCGGCUUCUCAUCACAUAUGGCUUGUAGUAGAAUGUCCUCUGCCACUAGACUCGCACUGACCAUCCCUGGCAGGGCAGGGAUUAGGUUGCGAUCUACUGCUGCAGCCACAAAGGUGAAAACAUCUACUGAUCAGAAACAACAACAUGUGGCAGGAGAGAAAAUGUGGCCACUGGGCUCGCAGGUGGACCACAUGGAAAGAAGCGAGAACCUCCUGUUGAAGCCUUGUCCAGCUGCUACAAUGAACUUUGAAAAUACUCAAGAAGCUUACAAGAGCAAAGCCACGUGGGAGCUGGCGAGAAGUCUGAUGGUCUUCUGGCUAUGCUCCAUUGAUACACUGGUGGACAAGAAUCAGCAGCUAUUGAAGUUGUCCAGAAAGCUGCUUGGACAGAAGAUGUUUGAGGCAAUGAUGAAGAUGACAUUUUAUGGACAGUUUGUUGCUGGUGAGGACCAGGAAGCUAUUAAACCACUUAUCAGACGCAACAGAGCUUUUGGGGUUGGGUCCGUCUUGGAUUACAGUGUGGAAGAAGAUCUCAGUCAAGAAGAGGCGGAAAAGAAGGAGAUUGAAUCUUGCACUGCUGAAGCUGAGAAGGAAAGUGGUGGUGUGGCACGGCGAGAGAAGAAAUACAGAGUCCAGCCUGGCUUUGGAGACCGACGUGGAGGAGUUAUUAGUGCUCGAACAUACUUUUACGCGGAUGAAGCAAAAUGUGACCAUCAUAUGGAAACAUUUCUCAGAUGUAUUGAAGCCUCAGGUGGCAGUUCUGAAGAUGGUUUUUCCGCCAUUAAGCUUACAGCAUUAGGACGGCCCCAGUUUUUGUUACAGUUUUCAGAAGUCCUUAUGAAAUGGAAAGGUUUCUUCCACCAGCUCGCUGCAGACCAAGGCAAGGGCGGACUAGCUGCUGUUGAAAUUGAACUGGAAGUGGAAAAACUCCAGGACAGCUUGGUGAAACUCGGGAUUGCUACCAAGGAUGAAUGCCAUAAUUGGUUUACUGGAGAAAAUCUUGGGCUAUCGGGGACAGUGGAUUUGUUGGACUGGAACAGCUUAAUUGACAGCAAAACCAAGAUCUCCAAACUCCUGCUUGUACCAAACUUGCAGAGUGGCCAACUAGAACCCCUUCUUUCUAGAUUCACAGAGGAAGAAGACAUGCAGAUGAAAAGAAUGCUACAGAGGAUGGACGUUCUUGCAAAGAAAGCCUUAGAGAAUGGAGUGAGGCUCAUGGUGGAUGCAGAACAAACCUAUUUUCAACCUGCAAUCAGCCGUCUGACGCUGGAGAUGCAGCGUAAAUUUAACAAGAAGUGCCCCAUUAUCUUCAACACCUACCAGUGCUACUUGAAGGGAGCAUAUGAUAAUGUGACUGCUGAUGUUGAAUUAUCCCGGAGAGAGGGUUGGCACUUUGGUGCUAAACUAGUCAGAGGGGCAUACAUGCAGCAGGAAAGAAGCCGCGCAGCAGAAGUGGGCUAUGAGGAUCCAAUCAAUCCUACAUAUGAGAGAACCAAUGAAAUGUACCACAAAUGCCUUGAUUACGUCUUGGAAGAGAUCCGGAAUAACCGCAAAGCUAAUGUAAUGGUGGCCUCACACAAUGAAGAUACUGUGAAAUUCACUCUCAAGAGGAUGAAUGAGUUGGGCGUUUCUCCUGAUGAGAAAAAGGUGUAUUUUGGACAGCUGUUGGGAAUGUGUGACCAGAUUAGCUUCCCACUUGGUCAGGCUGGUUAUCCAGUUUAUAAAUAUGUUCCCUAUGGACCAGUGAAUGAAGUUCUUCCUUACCUAUCUCGAAGGGCACAGGAAAACCGUGGGAUCAUGAAAGGAGCUGGUCGCGAGAGGGAACUUUUAUGGAAGGAGAUUAAAAGGCGUGUGCUUGCUGGACAUCUGUUCUAUAGCCCUACGUUCUAGGGAAAUCUAUCAGAAAAAAAUGGCUAAUAGUCUUUGCUUAACAGACAUGGAGAACCUAUAUUGGAACAGACCUCAAAGUCUAUGCCGAUAAAAACAUAAAUAGCUUAAUAAGUUUUAAAGCAUUU